CAAAAACAGUGUUUUUUGGGUGGAAUUUUCCUUUUAAGUAUGAGGUAGUGCAUGACUUGUUCUUUUUUGCAUUGUAGAAUAGGAAAGAAUCAGAAAAGACAGAGUACAUCACCUGGACAGAGAGCUGGGAGCUCCAAAAGGUAGCAGGGGAGGAGGUGAUUGGACAGCUUCAGCAGCAGGUACAAGAACUGGAGACCUCAUUGGCUGACAGAACAACCCAGUUGACCAGUCUACAGAGAGAGGUAAAGACGCAAAAAAGUACCAUAGAAGACCUUACCCUCCAGAAGUCUAAGGCCGAGAAUGAGGCUCAGCAGUACUGGGCAGAACUAGACAUGGUUGUGAAGGGCAAAGCAGCCAUUGAGCAAGAGUUAAGUAACGCACGACAGCUGGUCCAGCAGUCAGAAGCCAAACGGUCUACUCUUGAGGAGAGUCUUCGUAUGCUGAAGAUGAACAUCGAGGAGAGCACCCUGGCCCGGAAGAAAUUGGAGGACCACUUGAAGAGGAAGAACAGCGAUGUUCAGGAUCUUGAGGAGCACAAUCGCACACUGCAGAGGAUGCAACAUUCCUCUUCCACCAACAGCAUCCAGACGAUCCAUGCAGAGGUGGAGGCAGAAGUCCUGCAGCAGAAACAGGAGGAGCUGGCCAUGGCGAGGAAAACAGCCGAGACCGAAAUCAAGACGCUUAAGUCAGAGCUGAACACUGUGCUGGUGCAUAAAAAGAUAGCAGAGGAGAAAGCGCAACAAUUCAAAGAGCUUUUGGACGAUGCCAAUACCAGGUUGAAGAAACUUCAGCUGGACAUGGAAUCGGAUAGAAGCAGCAUGAGACAAAAGUCAGAGGAGCUCAGACAGGAAUCUUCAGAGCUGAGAAAAUCAAUCCAUGUCUUUCAAGAGCAAAUCAAAUCUCUCCAGAGGGAUAAGUCUUUAUUGGAACAGAAAGCUAUUUUCCACAUGACAGAAGUUGAAGGCCUGAAAAAACAGUUAAAGCUCAACCAAGGAAAACUGCUCCAGAGGAACUCCAGGGAACAGGAGAGUAGUCACAAGAUGCAAUGUUUAGAGGAGGAGCUGGCCUCCAAACAGGCUGAGGCAGACCAGUUGAUGUUCAAGAUCAAUGAACUGACGAGAAUGAAUGUGUCAUUAGACAACGAGGUCAUAAGUCUUAAGGUCAGUGUGGAGUCAUUACAACGAGAAAAAUCAUUCUCUGAACAAAUGGUAAAAUCAUUGAAAAGUGAGAGUGAGAACUGGAAACAACAGUUUCAAAAAACCAAGGAAGAAUCCAACAUAAAGACAAGAUCUGAACAGGAUGUACAACUCAAAUCUAAAAACCUGGAAGCAGAACUUCAGAAAGGUGGAAUGGUGGUUGUGCAACUGCAGAAAAAAGUAGAUGAGCUUAAGAAGGUCAACAUGGAGAUGGAAGUCAACAUGCAGAAGAUGAGAGCUCAACUCGAGAAGAUCACCAUGGAAACUGAAAUCAAAGACCAGCAAAUCAACAUAUUAAAGUCUCAGGUGGAUGGCACCAAAUCUCAGGUGAAAGUCAUUGAGGAGGAACUGCUGAAGAAAUCUCAGAUGUCCCACGAGCUUCAGAUCAAACUGAGGGACUACAAUGAGGAGGUGAAGAGAACAGCUGAACUCCAGCAGAAAAACAAAGCUAUCAGCUUGAACCUCAACAACUACGAGAAGGAAAUCAUGAAUCUGAAGUCUGAGCUUAGCUCUGUUGGCACUGAGAGGAAUUUGGCCAAUAAGACAGUCCAAGAGCAAAAGGGUGAAGUGAAUGAUCUGAACAUCAAACUGAAGAAGGCAAUGGGAGAGCUGCAGAAUGAGUCAAAUGAAGGCCAGAGGUAUCUGGCUAAAGUAAAGGCAUUGGAGGGGGAGCUUUUGCAAUGCAAGCAGAGUAUGAAAGGAAUCACUGGAAGUUCUGAAAUAAUGAUAGCAAAUAUGAAGCAGGAAAUAAUUGCCCUUCAAAGAGACAAGACAAUGGCUGACCAUAAACUGGUUACCUUGAAAGCAGAACUCGAGGAAAUGAGGUCUGCCCUGAGAAGCACAAAAGAUGAAUUAAUUAAAGUAACCCAGGAAGGAAAAACCAGCCAGUCUAAAGUCAAAGAGUUUGAGGCAGAUCUUCAGAAGAGUAGAUUGACAAUAAAAGAAAUCACUGCCAGCUCUGACAAAUCCUCAUCAAGUUUCAAACAGGAAAUCAUUGUCCUUCAGAGGGAGAGAAGUGCAGCCCAAGAGAAAACCAUUUUGUUGGGGUCUGAUCUCACCAUGGUCAAGGGAAAGCUGGAACAAGCCCAAAAGGAGGUCAAACAAAAGCAAACGGAAAGUUCAGCCCUGCAGCAGAGGUCGCAGAUGCUGGAAGACCAACUUGAGAACUGUAAGCGGAUGCUGGAGGAAAUGACAUUGAAUAUGAAGCACGAAACUAGUGCCCUUCAAAAGGACAAGACAAUGGCUCACCAAAAACUGGUUACCUUGGAAGCAGAACUUGAAGAUAUGAGUUCUGCCCUGAGAAGAACAAAAGAUGAAUUAAUUCAAGUGACCCAGGAAGUGAAAAUCAGCCAGUCUAAAGUUGAAGCGUUUGAGGCAGAUCUUCAGAAGAGUAGGUUGAUAAUGAAAGACAUCACUGCCAGCUCUGACAAAUCCUCAUCAACUUUCAAACAGGAAAUCACUGUUCUUCAGAGGGAGAGAAGCACAGCCCAAGAGAAAAUCCUUUCGUUGGAAUUUGACCUCACCAUGCUCAAGGCAAAGUUUGAACAAUCCCAAGAGGAGGUCAAGCGAAAGCAAACGGAAAGUUCAGCCCUGCUGCUGAAGUCUCAGAAGCUGGAAGACCAACUUAAGAACUGCAAGAGGAUGCUGGAGGAAAUUACAGUGAAUAUGAAGCAGGAAACUAGUGCCCUUCAAAAUGAAAAGACAAUAGCUGAACAGAAAGUGGUUACCUUGGAAGCAGAACUUGAGGAGUUGAAUUCUGCCCUGAGAAGAACAAACUAUGAAUUAAUUAAUGUGACCCAGGAAGGGAAAAUCAGCCAGUCUAAAGUGAAAGAGUUUGAGGCAGAUCUUCAGAAGAGUAGGUUGAAAAUGAAAGAAAUCAUUGCCGACUCUGACAAAUCCUCUUCAAGUUUCAAACAGGAAGUCACUGUCCUUCAGAGGGAGAGAAGCGCAGCCCAAGAGAAAACCCUUUCGUUGGUGUCUGAUCUCACCAUGCUCAAGGUAAAGCUGGAAGAAGCCCAACAGGAGAGUAAGCAAAAGCAAACGGAAAGUUCAGCCCUGCUGCUGAAGUCCCAGAAACUGGAAGACCAGCUUGAGAAGUGUCAGCAGAUGCUGGAGGAAAAUACAGUGAAUAUGAAGCUGGAAACUAGUGCCCUUCAAAAGGACAAGGCAAUGGCUGACCAAAAACGGGUUACCUUGGAAGCAGGACUCGAGGAGAGGAAUUCUGCCCUGAGAAGAAUGAAAGAUGAAUUAAUUAAAGUGACCCAGGAAGGGAAAAUCAGCCUGUCUAAAGUCAAAAAGUUUGAGGGCGAUCUUCAGAAGAGUAUGCUGACAAUAAAAGAAAUCACCGCCAGCUCUGACAAAUCCUCUUCAAGUUUCAAACAGGAAAUCAAUGUUCUUCAGAGGGAGAGAAGCGCAGCCCAAGAGAAAACCCUUUCAUUGGCAUCUGACCUCACCAUGCUCAAGGGAAAGCUGGAAGAAGCCGAAAAGGAGGUCAAGCGAAAGCAAACGGAAAGUUCUGCCCUGCAGCUGAAGUCCCAGAAGCUGGAAGAUCAACUUGAGAACUGUCAGCGGAUGCUGGAGGAAAAGACAGUGAAUGUGACGCAGGAAGCUAGUGCCCUUCAAAAGGACAAGACAAUGGCUCACCAAAAACUGGUUACCUUGGAAGCAGAACUUGAGGAGGUGAAUUCUGCCCUGAGAAAAACAAACUAUGAAUUAAUGAAAGUGACCCAGGAAGGGAAAACCAGCCAGUCUAAAGUCAAAGAGUUUGAGGCAGAUAUUCAGAAGAGUAGGUUGAAAAUGAAAGAAAUCAUUGCCAACUCUGACAAAUCCUCAUCAAGUUUUAAACAGGAAAUCACUGUCCUUCAGAGGGAGAGAAGCGCAGCCCAAGAGAAAACCCUUUCGUUGGUGUCUGAUCUCACCAUGCUCCAGGGAAAGCUGGAUCAAGCCCAAAAGGAGGUAAAGCGAAAGCAAACGGAAAGUUCAGCACUCCAGCUGAGGUCCCAGAAGCUAGAGGAUGAACUUGAGAACUGUAAGCAGAUGCUGGAGGAAAAGACAGUGAAUAUGAAGCAGGAAACUAGUGCCCUUCAAAAGGACAAGGCAAUGGCUCACCAAAAACUGGUUACCUUGGAAGCAGAACUUGAGGAGAGCAAUUCUGCCCUGAGAAGAACAAAAGAUGAAUUAAUUAAAGUGACCCAGGAAGGGAAAAUCAGCCUGUCUAAAAUCAAAAGGUUUGAAGUAGACCUUCAGAAGAGUAUGAUGAAAAUGAAAGAAAUCACCGCCAGCUCUGACAAAUCCUCAUCAACUUUCAAACAGGAAAUCACUGUCCUUCAGAGGGAGAGAAGCACAGCCCAAGAGAAAACCCUUUCAUUUUCGUCUGACCUCACCUUGCUGAAAGGAAAGCUGGAAGAAGCCGAAGAGGAGGUCAAGCGAAAGCAAACGGAAUGUUCAGCCCUGCUGCUGAAGUCCCAGAAGCUGGAAGACCAACUUGAGAACUGUCAGCGGAUGCUGGAGGAAAAGACAGUGAAUGUGAAGCAUGAAACUAGUGCCCUUCAACAGGAUAAGACACUGGCUCACCAAAAACUGGUUUCUUUGGGAGCAGAACUCAAGGAGAUGAGUUCUGCCCUGAGAAGAACAAAAGAUGAAUUAAUUAAAGUGACCCAGGAAGGGAAAAUCAGCCAGUCUAAAGUCAAAGAGUUCGAGGCAGAUCUUCAGAAGAGUAAGUUGAAAAUGAAAGAAAUCACUGCCAGCUCUGAAAAAUCCUCAUUAAGUUUCAAACAAGAAAUCAAUGUUCUUCAGAGGGAGAGAAGCGCAGCCCAAGAGAAAACCCUUUCAUUGGCAUCUGACCUCACCAUGCUCAAGGGAAAGCUGGAAGAAGCUGAAGAGGAGGUAAAGCGAAAGCAAACGGAAAGUUCAGCACUCCAGCUGAGAUCCCAGAAGCUGGAAGAUCAACUUGAGAACUGUCAGCGGAUGCUGGAGGAAAAGACAGUGAACGUGAAGCAGGAAACUAGUGCCCUUCAAAAGGACAAGACAAUGGCUCACCAAAAACUUGUUUCUUUGGGAGCAGAACUCAAGGACAUGAGUUCUGCCCUGAGAAGAACAAAAGAUGAAUUAAUUAAAGUGACCCAGGAAGGGAAAAUCAGCCAGUCUAAAGUCAAAGAGUUCGAGGCAGAUCUUCAGAAGAGUAGGUUGAAAAUGAAAGAAAUCACUGCCAGCUCUGACAAAUCCUCAUCAACUUUCAAACAGGAAAUCAAUGUUCUUCAGAGGGAGAGAAGCGCAGCCCAAGAGAAAACCCUUUCAUUGGCAUCUGACCUCACCAUGCUCAAAGGAAAGCUGGAAGAAGCCGAAGAGGAGGUAAAGCGAAAGCAAACGGAAUGUUCAGCACUCCAGCUGAGAUCCCAGAAGCUGGAAGAUCAACUUGAGAACUGUCAGCGGAUGCUGGAGGAAAAGACAGUGAAUGUGAAGCAGGAAACUAGUGCCCUUCAACAGGACAAGACAAUGGCUCACCAAAAACUGGUUUCUUUGGGAGCAGAACUCAAGGAGAUGAGUUCUGCCCUGAGAAGAACAAAAGAUGAAUUAAUUAAAGUGACACAGGAAGGGAAAUUCAGCCAGUCUAAAGUCAAAGAUUUUGAGGCAGAUCUUCAGAAGAGUAGGUUGAAAAUUAAAGAAAUCACUGCCAGCUCUGACAAAUCCUCAUUAACUUUCAAACAGGAAAUCAUUGUUCUUCAGAGGGAGAGAAGCGCAGCCCAAGAGAAAUACCUUUUGUUGGUGUCUGAUCUCACCAUGCUCAAGGGAAAGCUGGAAGAAGCCCAACAGGAGGUCAAGCAAAAGCAAACGGAAAGUUCAGCCCUGCUGCUGAAGUCCCAGAAACUGGAAGACCAACUUGAGAACUGUCAGCGGAUGCUGGAGGAAAAGACAGUGAAUAUGAAGCUGGAAACUAGUGCCCUUCAACAGGACAAGACAAUGGCUCACCAAAAACUGGUUUCUUUGGGAGCAGAACUCAAGGAGAUGAGUUCUGCCCUGAGAAGAACAAAAGAUGAAUUAAUUAAAGUGACCCAGGAAGGGAAAAUCAGCCAGUCUAAAGUCAAAGAUUUUGAGGCAGAUCUUCAGAAGAGUAGGUUGAAAAUUAAAGAAAUCACUGCCAGCUCUGACAAAUCCUCAUUAACUUUCAAACAGGAAAUCAUUGUCCUUCAGAGGGAGAGAAGCGCAGCCCAAGAGAAAACCCUUUCGUUGGUGUCUGAUCUCACCAUGCUCAAGGGAAAGCUGGAAGAAGCCCAACAGGAGAGCAAGCAAAAGCAAACGGAAAGUUCAGCCCUGCUGCUGAAGUCCCAGAAACUGGAAGACCAACUUGAGAAGUGUCAGCAGAUGCUGGAGGAAAAUACAGUGAAUAUGAAGCUGGAAACUAGUGCCCUUCAACAGGACAAGACAAUGGCUCACCAAAAACUGGUUUCUUUGGGAGCAGAACUCAAGGAGAUGAGUUCUGCCCUGAAAAGAACAAAAGAUGAAUUAAUUAAAGUGACCCAGGAAGGGAAAAUCAGCCAGUCUAAAGUCAAAGAUUUUGAGGCAGAUCUUCAGAAGAGUAGGUUGAAAAUUAAAGAAAUCACUGCCAGCUCUGACAAAUCCUCAUUAACUUUCAAACAGGAAAUCAUUGUCCUUCAGAGGGAGAGAAGCGCAGCCCAAGAGAAAACCCUUUCGUUGGUGUCUGAUCUCACCAUGCUCAAGGGAAAGCUGGAAGAAGCCCAACAGGAGAGCAAGCAAAAGCAAAUGGAAAGUUCAGCCCUGCUGCUGAAGUCCCAGAAACUGGAAGACCAACUUGAGAACUGUCAGCGGAUGCUGGAGGAAAAGACAGUGAAUAUGAAGCUGGAAACUAGUGCCCUUCAACAGGACAAGACACUGGCUCACCAAAAACUGGUUUCUUUGGGAGCAGAACUCAAGGAGAUGAGUUCUGCCCUGAAAAGAACAAAAGAUGAAUUAAUUAAAGUGACCCAAGAAGGGAAAAUCAGCCAGUCUAAAGUCAAAGAGUUUGAGGCAGAUCUUCAGAAGAGUAGGUUGAAAAUUAAAGAAAUCACUGCCAGCUCUGACAAAUCCUCAUCAAGUUUCAAACAGGAAAUCACUGUCCUUCAGAGGGAGAGAAGCGCAGCCCAAGAGAAAACCCUUUUGUUGGUGUCUGAUCUCACCAUGCUCAAGGGAAAGCUGGAUCAAGCCCAAAAGGAGGUCAAGCAAAAGCAAACGGAAAGUUUAGCACUGCAGCUGAGGUCGCAGAUGCUGGAAGACCAACUUGAGAACUGUAAGCGGAUGCUGGAGGAUAAUACUCUGAAUGUAAAGCAGGAAACUAGUGCCCUUCAAAAGCACCAGACAGUAGCUGACCAAAAACUGGUUACCUUGGAAGCAGAACUUGAAGAUAGGAAUUCUGCCCUGAGAAGAACAAAAGAUGAAUUAAUUAAAGUGACCCAUGAAGGGAAAAUCAGCCAGUCUAAAGUCAAAGAGUUUGAGGCAGAUCUUCAGAAGAGUAGGUUGAAAAUUAAAGAAAUCACUGCCAGCUCUGACAAAUCCUCAUCAAGUUUCAAACAGGAAAUCAAUGUUCUUCAGAGGGAGAGAUGUAUAGCCCAAGAGAAAAUCCUUUCAUUGGCAUCUGACCUCACCAUGCUCAAGGGAAAGCUGAAAGAAGCCGAAGAGGAGGUAAAGCGAAAGCAAACAGAAAGUUCUGCCCUGCAUCUGAAGUCCCAGAAGCUGGAAGACCAACUUGAGAACUGUCAGCGGAUGCUGGAGGAAAAGACAGUGAAUAUAAAGCAGGAAACUAGUGCCCUUCAAAAGGACAAGAUAAUUUCCCACCAAAAAUUGGUUACUUUGGAAGCAGAACUCGUGGAGAUGAGUUCUGCCCUGAGAAGAACAAAAGAUGAAUUAAUUAAAGUGACCCAGGAAGGGAAAAUCAGCCAGUCUAAAGUCAAAGACUUUGAGGCCGAUCUUCAGAAGAGUAGAUUGAAAAUGAAAGAAAUCACUGCCAGCUCUGACAAAUCCUCAUCAACUGUCAAACAGGAAAUCACUGUCCUUCAGAGGGAGAGAAGCGCAGCCCAAGAGAAAACCCUUUCAUUGGCAUCUGAUCUCACCAUUCUCAAGGGAAAGCUGGAUCAAGCCCAAAAGGAAGUCAAGCGAAAGCAAACAGAAAGUUCAGCGCUGCAGCUGAAGUCCCAGAAGCUGGAAGACGAACUUGAGAACUGUCAGCAGAUGCUGGAGGAAAUGACAGUGAAUAUGAAGCAGGAAACUAGUGCCCUUCAACAGGACAAGACAAUGGCUGACCAAAAACUUGUUACCUUGGAAGCAGAACUCGAAGAGACUAAUUCUGCCCUGAGAAGAACAAAAGAUGAAUUAAUUAAAGUGACCCAGGAAGGGAAAUUCAGCCUGUCUAAAGUCAAAGAGUUCGAGGCAGAUAUUCAGAAGAGUAGGUUGAAAAUAAAAGAAAUCACCGCCAGCUCUGACAAAUCUUCAUCAAGUUUCAAACAGGAAAUCAAUGUCCUUCAGAGGGAGAGAAGUGUAGCCAAAGAGAAAACCCUUUCGUUGGCAUCUGACCUCACCAUUCUCAAGGGAAAGCUGGAAGAAGCCCAAAAGGAGGUCAAGCGAAAACAAACAGAAAGUUCAGCCCUGCUGCUGAAGUCCCAGAAGCUGGAAGACCAACUUGUGAACUGUAAGGGGAUGCUGGAGGACUUAAAAAGCAAACUUGAACUGCAAAAACAGGGAUAUGAGAGACAGCUGCAGUUAGUACAGGUGGAAACGAGUCAAAUGCAUGCAUUACAGGAGUCUCAUAUCAAACUGGAAUUGGAGAAGAAACCCAGAGAACAUUCACACAAUACAGAAUUAGCAGAGAAUAACACCAAGUUUUUCCAGCAAGAAAUUACACAGUUGAAAACAUUAAAUGAGAGCACUUUAAAGUUAAAGCAGGAUGAUCUACAACAAAUAAAUGAGCUACGUAUUCAAAUGGAUCAAUUGAAAAAUGAGAGAACUACUAUUAGCCAUGACCUGAUGAAAGCAAAAUCUCAAAUUGCUCAAUUAGACAGAGAGAAAAUGCAACAUAAUUCUAGCAUUACUCAGCUGGAAAACAUUCAUAAGGAAAACUCAAAAGAGGUCACAAAGCUCAAACGCAUGUUGACAGACAGUGAGCAGAAACUAAGAGUAAAGGAAAAGGAAGCAAGAUCUCUCAAUGAGCAGGUUGUUUCCUAUGCUAAGGAAGUCAGAGGUCUUCAAGAAAAAGUCUUGAAGCUGGAGGUCACGAUUAAGACUGAACAUAGGACUGUAAAGGAAGUGGAGACUACAAGUCAAACCAAAACAUUCAAUGAGAGCACUUUGAAAUUAAAGCAGGAAGCUCAACAAGAAUUAGACAAGGUUCGUAUUAAAAUGGAGCAAGUGCAAAAUGAGAGAACCACUAUUAGCCAUGACCUGCUGAAAGCAAAAUCUCAAAUUGCUCAAUUAGACAGAGAGAAAAUGCAACUUAACUCUAGCAUUACUCAGCUGCAAAACAUUCAUAAGGAAAAUUCAAAAGAGGUCACAAAGCUCAAACAAAUGUUGACAGACAGUGAGCAGAAACUAGGAAUAAAGGAAAAGGAAGCAAGAUCCCUCAACGAGCAAGUUGUUUCCUAUGCUAAGGAGGUCAGAGGUCUUCAGGAAAAGGUCUUGAAGCUGGAGGUCACGAUUAAGACUGAACGUAGGACUCUAAAGGAAGUGGAGACUACAAGUCAUACCAAUCAUAAGUGUGACAAAGGCAAUGAGGUUACCAAACUGAAGACUGAGCUUUUGUUAACACAGAAAAUGGUGUCAUCAUAUGAAGAGGCAAACCGCAAUCUGGAGGAGGAGCUUAUCAAAAUAAAAGUGUCCUCAGAGAUAGCAACAGCGGAGAAAGACAAAGUACUGGAAAAACUGCAAAGAGUGAAGAGAGGCCAAAUGGAAAUAGUCAGCAAUCAAAGCAGUUUACAGAAUCAAACAAUUUCGAAAACAAAUGAUUCUACUGUGCAGACUACAACAGUCCAGCAAAAACAGUCUCAGAAUUUGAUUGCUAAGAACCAAAGUCAAAAAACGGAAGUGAUGGCAAUAACAAAAAAGUUAGUGUCUCUGGAUGGUCAGGCAGGGAAAAGUCCAAGUGUUAUAAGCACCACUAACACAAGCUCAUAUAAUGUCAAAGACAUGUCAUCCAAAGGAUCUCAUUUAGCCUCUAUGUCUAAAGACAGUAGUUUGAAGCAGAGUGAGAGAACAACCCUUCCUUUUUCCCCAAAGCUCCAAGGACACAGAGGCAGUAUCAGUAUCAGGAAGUUGAUCAAAACCAAGUUUUUGGAUAGAGAAAUCUUGCAGAAAUUAGAAACUGGCCUUGUCACAUUAGAAGAAGUCCAAGCAUCACUCGUUCAGUUCAUCAGCAAACCCACUGUUAUUGCCGGAAUCUACUUGGAGUCAAGCAAGAAAAAGAUAUCCUUCUUGGAGGCUGCAGAGAAAGGCCUUUUAGCUAAGACAUAUGCCAUUGAGUAUAUGGAGGCACAGGCUGCAACUGGCUGUCUUAUAGAUCCUUUAACUGGACAAACCCUCUCGGUUCAAGCUGCUCUGGAGAAAGGCAUUGUUGGGUUAGAUCUGAAAGACAAACUGAUGGAUGCUGAAAAAGCAGCCAUUGGUUAUGUCCAUGGCAGUAAAACAUUGUCUGUAUUUCAGGCCAUGGAGGAAAGGAUUGUUGACAGGCUCAAAGGAAAGAAGAUCAUUGAGGCCCAGAUAGCCACUGGAGGAUUAGUUCACCCAGUGAUUGGUGUUAGGGUGCCCCUUAACAUGGCUGUUGAUCAGGGUCUCUUGAACAAAGCUACCUUACAGAGUCUGUACGACCCAGUCAGCAACCCCAAAGGCUUCCACAAACCUGAUUCAGGACAGAAGGCCUACUACUGUGAACUACUGAAAACUUGUUUGUAUGACACAGAUGGUGGUGUCUAUCUCCUGCCUUUUGGUGAGAAGGAUCUCUCCAGUUUCUCCUUCUACAGUUGUCACAGAGUAUCAGUCAUCAACAGUGCUUCUGGUAUGGAAAUGUCCACAUACCAAGCCUUUAAGGGCAACCACAUCGAUAAGUUGACCUACCUGUUUCUGUCUCAGCAGGACAGUGAAUGGCAGGAAAAGUCCACUGUCGAUGUCAACGAAAGCCCUUUACACGUCAUCACAGAUCUCAAAAGUGGACGGCAGCUUUGCAUCGAAACUGCCUUAGAUCUGAAGUUCCUUGAAAUGACAGAACUGGUAAGUUAUCGGAGUGGGCUCAUCAGCGUCUACGAGCUGGCAGACCUUAUCCUUUCAAGAAUGGUAGUUGUUCCGGACGCUAACAGCCCGUUGGCUGGUCUGUGGGAUGUCACUCAAAAGAGAAGGGUGACCAUUCUCCAGGGACAUCAGCAGAGCCUUAUCGAUAGACUCACUGCACUGAGGCUGCUGGAGGCCCAGGCAUGCACCGGGGGCAUCUGUGACCCUGCUUCUGGGGAGAAAGCCACAGUCACCGAAGCUCUGCGUAGAGGUCUCCUAGAUGAGACGUUUGCCCGCCAGCUCCAACAGUGUGAGCAAGCCUACUAUGGCAUCAUCCAUCCCCAGACAGCAAAGACCUUGAGUGUGGCUCAGGCCAUUCAGGAGAACCUGUUCCCCAAAGACGUGGGCCUUCGAUGCCUGGAAUUCCAGCUCCUGACUGGAGGACUGAUCAACCCAGAGACUCAUGAUAGAAUCUCACUGGAUGAGGCUGUUCAGAAUUUCCUGGUUGACAAAGCCACUGCCUCAUUCCUGAAAGAUGAGAAGUCUUCCCCAAAAAACCUCACCUGCCCAAAGACGAAGAGGAAAAUCUCAUUCAUGGAGGCCCUGGAAAAGGGUGUUUAUGACGGCCACACUGGGCUCAGGCUACUGGAGACAACAAAGGUCCUUAGUGUUGGGGCUAAGUCGUCUUUCCAAUAUGUAUGGACCUAUCGUCACAUUUGAGUGACCAGUAUUUGGUUCUCCAUGGCUUGUAAAUAGGGAAAACAGAAUAUUUGAUUGACACAACAAAGGCUGACUCAAUCAUGUUCUUGGACUGAAAUGUUCUACACUUAAAAUAAUAAAUAAUUCAUUACGUGUGAAUUUGAUUUGACUUGGAAUUAAAUGAAUGUUAAUUAAAUUAUGAAUAUGGAGUUCAUUAAAUCAGGGAUGAAUUAUGCUUUUAGCAUGAUGUGUAAAGUCAAUGAUGAACAAUUACAGUUUUUUUUAUCGCCAACUGUCAUAACAUGUAAACAUCAUGAUCCACAUGGCAAUAAAGUUCAUAAAUCAAACACUGA